GGCGAACCUGGAGGGAGCGAGAGUCUGAAAGGCAGGGUUCAUCCAUGUGGUGGGUUAAGAGGGUCCGUUGUUGGUUCUCCACCUUGCUCGACGAGGGCGGAGCCAGGCUCCGGACCGGGCGGCGCAAAGCCUCGGGCGGCCUGGAGAACCCGGGCUCGCGCGGGAGCGAGCUACAAGGCGAGCUGGACAGAUUUGGGGGCGUCUCAGUGCAUUUGUCGCGGCAGCACACGCUGCACGGGCUGGAUGCCGCCGCCUUCCGGAGGCUCUUGCAGGCUGCCAUUCAACGGUGGCGGUCGGAAGGACGGAUAGCUGCAUGGCUGCACAUCCCCAUCCUGCAGAGCCACUUCAUUGCCCCUGCGGCCUCCCUGGGCUUUUGCUUCCACCACGCAGAACCCCACUCCUCAACGCUGACUCUGUGGCUGGGAGAAGGGCCCAGCAGACUCCCCGGAUAUGCUACACACCAAGUAGGGGUCGCAGGUGCUGUAUUUGAUGUUAGCACCAGAAAAGUACUGGUUGUACAAGAUCGAAAUAAAUUGAAAAACAUGUGGAAGUUUCCAGGAGGUCUGUCAGAGCCAGGAGAAGAUAUUGCAGACACAGCAGUCCGAGAGGUUUUUGAAGAGACUGGUGUCAAGUCAGAAUUCAGGUCCCUGUUGAGCAUCCGGCAGCAACACAGGAGCCCUGGUGCAUUCGGGAUGUCGGACAUGUACUUGGUCUGCCGCCUGCAGCCAUGUUCCUUCACCAUCAACUUCUGCCAACAGGAAUGCUUGAAGUGUGAAUGGAUUGAUCUAGAAAACCUAGCCCAGACUAAACAUACAACCCUCAUCACCAGCAGGGUGGCUAGGCUGCUGCUGUACGGACUCAGGGAAGGGUUUGACAAAAUUGACCUCAGCAUGGAAGAACUCCCUGCAGUGUACACAGGCCUGUUCUACAAACUCUAUCACAGGGAGCUGCCGGAGAGUUACAAAACCGCAAUGGGAACAGACUGAAUGCCAGAUUUCAACAUGGCACCAGUUUUCUCACAUACAUGAUGUCCAUGAUAGAAAUUCAAAAAUGUACAUAUUUUUAAAUCCUAUUUUCAAUUAAAGGAAAUACAUGAACAAGAUCAUAGCUCUAAAUUCUCACUGGGAUACAACCAAAGCUAUAUAAAUGGGGAAGUCUAAAUAUUUUCCAAAAAUUGUGUUUUUCUUUACUGAGGUAAUGGUUAAGUGUCUUACUAUUACAUAAAAGGCAUCCAAACUCA